AUGCCUUUUCCCCCCUCUCACUCAUCCACCAUGCGGACGGCCGACGAUAUACUGGAGGUCGAAAAGCAGCGCAUCCAGGUCAUGACGCUCCUAGACGGGGUCAAGGCAGGGGUCGAAGUUCCUAUCCACAUGAGUACGCGUGCGCUUGUGGACGAGUGGGUGCGCCAGUACAUCGAGGGCUCGACUGUUGCUCAACAGACCGAACUGAUGAGGUGGGCACAGAAAAUCUACCGUCACCUCAACGACAUAUGCCAGACUGCGCCGGACAUCACCCACGCCGUCAUGGUGCACCGGGUCCUCGUGUUCGGCGUCGCGCAGAUCGCGAGCAAGUCUAUCCAAGACAGACUCGACCUGCUCUGGGCCGAGGAGAACGCCGCUCAUUGUGCCGCUAUCGAACCGGCCGUUCAAGAGCUGCGCACCUUCCUGUCCAUCGAGACGCCUGGGCUUGGAACGCGUACCGGUGUGACCAUCGACCCCGCCAUUUUUGCGGAUAUCACCAUGGACGCACCCGACGAGUGGUGCAAAUUUCUCGCCUUAUUCUACUCUUCUGGCGCUGAUGAGGCGCUUGGAAUGAACAACGAGAAAAGCGUCGGCACCACGGGCGGCCAUCUUUCCGGAGUUCACACGAAUUUCCAGGAAGAUGUAGAGAUGGCCGAGUAG